AUGGCCAAAUCCUCGGGGGAACCCAAAGAACAGUCACGGUGGAAUCCGACGCCUGAGCAGAUGAUGGCGCUUGAAGAGGUUUACAGAAACGGAACAAGGACGCCGACGACCCAGCAGAUCAAAGAGAUUGCAUCUAAGCUCCAAAAGUAUGGGAGGAUCGAGGGAAAGAACGUUUUCUACUGGUUUCAAAACCAUAAGUCAAGGGAUAGGCUGAAACGACGCCGUCACGAUCAACAAGGAUUUGCUAUCAAUAACGUUAACGAAGAAGAACAACUACGUAAGGAACACGUCGUUGUAGCUAAGGGAAACAAGGCUUCAUCAUCAGUCCCGAGAAGGAGAGAUGAUCAUCGAGUUAUUCACACAAGGACUUGUUUAUCUUCUUCUCCCACACAGCCACAGAACAAGAGAAUUUAUGAUGGGAAGAGGGUAGAAUAUGAGAGGGGAUUGGCGGAAGAAAAAGAAGCCACUUGUCAAGAUCAGAUAAACCCAAUCAACACUUCAGACUUUGACUACCAUCUGAUCAUUACUUCUACAAGAAGUCAAGAAACAGAGCACCAGUACAAUCUGAAUGAAGAAGAAGAAGAAGAAACAAGGAAAAGCCGAACGCUAGAUCUCUUCCCGGUUAUAGAAGACCAAGAGAAAACCGGUUUUGGAGAGAAGAACACAAAACCAGAACAGUUGUGCUGCAACUACUAUUAUUAUUACGAGUUCAUGCCUCUGAUGAACUGA